ACAUUUUCCCUGUUUGCAAGUUAGAAAUCAACAAAGGCCAAAUCAUAUUUCCAUGGAGGUUUGUAAAAUUGUGGAGGGUCAGAGGUACUCGAAAAGACUCGAUGAACGUCAAAUAACUGCUCUUUUGAAGGUUACAUGUGGGCGGCCACGGGAAAGGGUGAAAGAUAUUAUGCAGAAUGUUCGCCACAAUGCUUAUUACGAGGACCCAUUCGCUAAGAAAUCUGGAAUAAAAACCAGUGAUAAGCUUGCUCAAGUUGGGGCUCGCAUUCUUCCUUCCCCAUGGAUUGGUUGUUUACACUGCUUACAACAGAUGACUUUAUGAUCAGUGGGGGAUAAUGUAUGUCAACGUAUACAACAGGAUCAAUUUGACACCAUGUAUUUGUCAGACAAUGAGAGUUCUGUUAUGUACUCUCGCCCUCAUUUUUUAGAUGGUACGCCUUGUUUACUGUUUGGAUCUCCUCCAAAUUAUUGAAAUAUGCAGUUCUAUGUGUAUUCUUAAAUAUAUCCACCAUCUCCUGACUAUAAUCAUGUGAAUCACUUCCCUCAUGCUACAGCCUAAUCCCUCACGGUGCUUUUGAUUCCUUUCAUGAUGUUAUUAGAGUGUGAGUACUCCAUCAAGAUCCCAAUGAUGAAUGAUCAGAGAGGAACUUAAACACAAGAAUGAUGGCAAUAUGAAUCUCUUAUUAUGAGCUUGGUGCUACAAAGUUGAAGGAGUGUUCAUUUUUUAUUUCAAAAUUAAGGAAAUUGUAAUCAUCAUUUUUUAAAGAAAUGAUUAGUUUGUAUUUUUAAUCUUUUUGUUCCUGUAAAGAUUGUCUUUCUUUUAAGAAAUGAUGUAAAUUGAUCUAUGUGAUAUAAAAAAACUUGAUUCAGUUUUUA